AUGAGCCAUCGCUUAAGCACUAGCAAUCUCAAAAGCCAUCUUAAACCCAGCAGCGCCACCGGUCCUUCUUUUGCCCAGAUCCCUAGUAGGCCAGCCGCCAUAUCCCCUCAUUCAACUGCCAUCUCCCCAGAUACAGCUGCUGUACCUCCUGCUUCAACUACUACAUCUCCCAAUGACGGACAUUCACUGUCUGGAGAAGCUGCGGCAGUGCGUGGUGGUUCAGAAGGGGCAGUGACAGGGGCAAUGCGACUGGCUGGGGUAGCCGCAAGACUAGAAACUUCAGUCAACACUGCGGCAGCUGUAGAAGAUGCGACCUUAAGGGAUGUGACAUUAGCGGAUAUUGAGGCAGGCUUUGUGACAGGAGAUAUGGCAGCAGAAAGUGUGACAAUAGGUGGUUUUAGAGCACCUGCAGUUUCCCCAGUGAAGAUGAGGAGAAAGCAGCAGAGGCAUCAUCCGUAUGAGGAGAAAGUAUCUGCUGCUGCUGCUGCUGCUCCUGGUUAUGCAAGUUUUUCCCCUUAUGCGCCUCGCAAUGUUGCUUCUGCUUCUCCUGAUUCUUCUUCCUCGUCUGCUUCUGCAGCUUCUACUUCCUCCCUUGCCGCUUCUAUGUCUGGCUCUGUCACCGCUACUUCAGGUCACAGCCCCUCUGCCGAUGCCCCUGCUGCUGUUGCUGCUGCUGAGAUGAAUCAACCAAUGGUUGCCGCCGUCACUGCCGCUUCACACCAAAGCCCCACCAUUGGUGCCCCUGGUGCUGCUUCCGCUGGCGCAGACGCUGCUGCCGCCACUGCUGCUGCUGCUGCUGCUGCUGCUGCUGCUGCUGCUGCUGCUGCUGCUGCUGCUGCUGCUGCUGCUGCUGCUGCUGCUGCUGCUGCUGCUGCUGCUGCUGCUGCUGCUGCUGCUGCUGCUGCUGCUGCUGCUGCUGCUGCUACUGCUGGUGCUGCUGCUGCCUCUGCCACCAAAAGAUUCGCACAGCCGCAGGGGCUGGGAGGCCACAUGAACGCCCACCGGCGAGAUUCAUUCCUCUCACUUGUGCGUGUGGUGUUGCGAUCCAUUGAUGUGCUACGUAACACCUCUCCACCUCUUCCUUACGAACACUCUCUCCGCGUUUCCCUUUACACUGCCUCCGGUCAGAGAGGCAGAGUCCCAUCAGCAGGCAGCCCUGUCGCCAGGCGGAUCCGCAGACUGAGAGGCAGAGACUCAACAGCAGGCAACCAUGCCAUCACAGUCCCCAGGCGCACAGGCAGAUCCACCCGGGCUCUCUCACCAUCUUUUUCCUGCACACUCUCUCCUUGUCUCCCUUGCACACUCUCUCCUUGUCUCCCUUGCACACUCUCUCCUUGUCUCCCUUGCACACUCUCUCCUUGUCUCGCCUGCAUACUCUCUCCUUGUCUCACCUGCACACUCUCUCCUUGUCUCGCCUGCACACUCUCUCCUUGUCUCCCCUCACACCGACUAACAGAUCGAGAGGCAGAGGCCGUUCAGCAGGCAACCCUUCCACCACAGCCCCCAGGCGUACGGGCGGAUCCACCCGGGGUUCUCUCACCACACGCAGCCCAGUCAGCGCCUGCAUCACAGUCGCUCACUGCAGCACAGUCGCUCACUGCAGCACAGUCGCUCACUGCAGCACAGUCGCUCACUGCAGCACAGUCGCUCACUGCAGCACAAUUGCUCACUGCAGCACAAUCACUGCCUCCAGCACAACCGCUCACUGCAGCACAGCAGCUGACUGCAGCAGAGUUGUUUGGGAUGCGGUACCAACUCACUGCUGCUGCUGGUGCUGCUGCUGCUGCUGCUGCUUAUUCUGGUGCGGGUUCUGUUUCAUUGGUUCCGGGUGCUGCUAGUGCUGCUGCUGGUGCUGGUGCUGAUGGUGAUGGUCCUGCUGCUGCUGCUGGUGGUGCCUCACGUAUGCACCCAUUGCGCAGUUUCAGCCACGAUAAUAUAAAAUUUUCUAGCUCAGCUGCCUCUGCUCCUACUGGUGCGGCUAGUACAGGUAGUCCUGGUGCUUCACAUAUGCACCCACUAUUCAGUUUCAGCCAUGAUGGGAUCGACUUUUCCAGCCCAGCUGCCUCUGCUCUUGCUGGUGCAACUAGCACAGAUGCUGCAGUUGCUUCACGUAUGCACCCACUGUUCAGUUUCAGCCAUGAUGCCAAGGCCUUUUCCAGUGUCACGGCUGCUGCUGCUUACUCUGGUGCUGCUGGUUCUAGUGCGUUGCUCCCUCGUGCUGCUGCUGGUGCUGAUGGCGCUGGUGCUUCACGUUGGCAUCCUCUAUUCAGUCUCAGCCAUGAUGAAAAGGCGUUUUCCACUCUCAUGGCUGCUGAUUCCUCUGGUGCUGCUGGUGCUGCUGGCGCUGCUGUAUCGCUCCCUCGUGCUGCUGCUGCUGGUGGUGGUGGUGCUGGUGGCGCUGGCGCUUCACACACGUACCCCGUGCAUAGUUUCAGCCAUGAUGCAAUGGCUCAUUCUAGCUCCACUGGUGCAACUGGUGCUGGUGUGAGCGGUGCUGCUCGUCCUACAGGUGGUUAUCCUGCCUCUACUGGUUUCAGUGGUGGCUCUUCUUACCCACAUGGUGACUCUGCUGCUUUACUCCCCAGCGCUGCUGCUGCUGCUGCUGCUGCCGGGGCUUCUUCCUUCAACCUCACAGCCCACCUUCCAUUCAGGAAGUAUUUUCAAGAGGAGGAGGAGGAGGAGGAGGAGGAGGAGGAGGAGGAGGAGGAGGAGGAGGAGGAGGAGGAGGAGGAGGAGGAGGAGGAGGAGGAGGAGGAGGAGGAGGGGAAGGAGUAG